AUGGAGGUGUCCGAUCUGGUAUCCUGUACAGAAAAAAUUUCAUGCCAGGAUAUCAAACUUGAGCUCACUCCAAACCAAAACAUGAACCCAACACCAGAACUCACUCUUCUAGCCAAACUAUACACCACCAAAACUAUCAGUUUCAUUAUGGUCAAAGAAGUAACACAAAAAGCUUGGAAGCCUGCAUUCCCUAUGGAGGUCAAGAAGCUCAGCCAAAACAUCUACAUGCUUUCCUUCAGCCACGAAGUAGACUUCCAUAAAGUUUACCACAAGUGCCCAUGGUCUAUUAGAGGCGGCCAUUUAGUCCUAAAGAAGUGGAGCCUAGAUUUAUCUUGGCAAGAAGUAGACUUUUCGUUGUCGACUAUUUGGAUCCAGAUUCAUGGACUCCCAGACCUUUGGAGAACAGAGGACAAUCUAAAGAGAAUAGGGUCUAAAAUAAGCUCUGUAGUUAAUGUUGAUCUAAUAGGAGACUUCGGCGGCACGUGGAAAAAAUUUAUUCAGGUCCGAGUCGAAGUUGACAUAUCCAACCGGCUUCUUCCUGGCGUUCUCCUCCCCCGCCAAGGUAGAAGUGAUUUAUGGAUAAGUCUGAAGUACGAAAAGAUUGCAGACCUCUACUAUCAAUGCGACAUCAUCGGUCAUGACAAAAACCAUUGCCUCGCUGAGCCUUUCCGACUAUACAACUCCUCGGGUAAGCCCUUCAAAGCUACAAGCCCUUGGUUGAGAGCAGACAACGAUGACAUCCCUCCAAAAGCCUAA